CCAGGUGAAGCCUCUGCUGCAGGUCACUCGUCAGGACGAGGAGAUCCAGGUGAGGGAGGCGGAGCUUAAGAAUGCCAAAGACAACCUGACCAGAGUGGAACAGGACUACACUGAGCUGGACAAGAAACACGCACAGGCAACACACCUUUCCUUUCUCUAUCUAUCUAUCAAUCUAUCUCUCCCUCUCUCUCUCUACCUCUACCUCUCUCGCUCUACCUCUGCCUCUCUCGCUCUCUCUCUCUCUCUAGCUCUCUCCCUCUCUCUCUAGCUCUCUCCCUCUCUCUCUAGCUCUCUCCCUCUCUCUCUAGCUCUCUCCCUCUCUCUCUAGCUCUCUCCCUCUCUCUCUAGCUCUCUCUCUCUCUCUCUGUACAACAAAGUGGAUAAGAAAGCACCAACAGGUAGAGAGACCAGAACACUUACCUCUCUCGCUCUUUCUCCCCCUCCCCCUUUCUCCCAUCUCAUCCCUCGUUCCUAGCUGAUGGAGGAGAAGGCGGUGCUGACAGACCAGCUGCAGGCGGAGGCGGAGCUGUUUGCGGAGGCGGAGGAGAUGAGGGCCAGACUGGUCAGUAGGAAGCAGGAGCUGGAGGAAAUACUGGGGGAGCUGGAGGGCCGAUUGGAGGAGGAGGAGGAGAGGGGCGUUCAGAUGACCAAUGAGAAGAAGAAGAUGCAGCAGCACGUGACGGUACAGCACAGUGGGGGGUUGUGGGAGAGUGGAAGACAGAGAAGGGGACAUGAAGCACAUGACAAUGAUGAAGAGAGCAGCAUUGUUUUGGAACUUUAGAUGAGAGGGUCUAACUGUAUCUCUCAAUCUGCCUAAUGUUCUGUCACCCCCCUCUCUCUCUUCAUCUCUCUUCCUCUCCUCCUCUCCUCCCCUCUCCCUCCUUCUCUCCUCCCCUCUCACUCUCUCCUCCUCUCAGGAUCUGGAGGAGCAGUUGGAGGAGGAGGAGUCGGCCAGACAGCGCCUCCAGUUGGAGAAGGUUACCCUGGAGACUAAGGUCAAGAGUCUGGAGACAGAGAUGCUGAGCACUGGAGAACAGAGAGACCGCCUCAGCAAGGUAACCAUAGUUACACUGGCUACAGUAUAUACCCUAGACAGCAUUUAACUGUAACAUUUAUUUUAUCCUGGACAGGACUGAAGCCAGGGUUGACUCAGCUGGAACUUCAUUUCUCCAUGUUGUCUCUGUCUCUCAGGAGAAGAAGCAGCUGGAGGAGAGGUUGAAUGAGGUGACAGACUCGCUGACUGAGGAAGAGGAGAAGACCAAGAGUCUCAACAAACUGAAAAACAAACAGGAAGCAGUCAUCGCUGACCUGGAGGGUAAAGCAAACUAGUGGCACUUGUUAUGCAUACUUAACAUUAUGACAUACAUUGGAUGAACACUCAACACUGUUUCAGAAACGUGUCUACAUUGUCCUAGUAUGAAUUAUUUUCUCUUUCCUUUCUCUUCUUCCCCUUCCCUCCUGUAGAGCGGUUGAAGCGUGAGGAGCAGGGUCGUCUGGAGCAGGAGAAGUGGAGGAGGAGGAUGGAGGGAGAGGCUGUGGAGGCUCAGGAGCAGCUCUCUGACUUGGGACUACUGUCCGCUGAACUCAGGGGCACCCUGGCUCAGAGAGAGAAGGAUAUCACAACCCUACAGGGGAGGUGAGAGGAGAUCUAUACUGUACAUUCACACACCUUGAGAAGAGUGGAAAUAUCAACCCCCUCCUUUGCAUAGUGUUACAAAACCCCUUUCUCUCUCUCAAUAAUGUUAAUGGGAACAGUUCCAGCACAGUGCCUUGCGGAACACCAUAUUUGACUUCUCUAGUUCUUUAUCUCUCUCUUUCCCAGGUUGGAGGAGGAGGGUGCACGAAGGACUGAGGCUCAGAGGGCUCUGAGAGAGGCCAUGUCUCAGGUGUCAGAGCUGAAGGAGGAGGUGGAGAAUGAACGAGGGAUGAGAGAGAGGGCAGAGAAACAGAGGCGAGACCUGGGGGAGGAGCUGGAGGCCCUGAGGACAGAGCUGGAAGACACACUGGACACCACGGCGGCCCAGCAGGAACUCAGGUCUCGUAGAGAGGCGGAGUUGGGGGAGCUCCAGAGGUGUGUUGAGGAGGAGACGAGACGUCACGAGGGCCAGCUCUCAGAGCUCCGAGUCAAGCACUGCUCUGCCAUAGACAACCUGCAGGAACAACUGGACAACAGCAAGCGGGUGAGUCACACACACACAGAAUGUAGCCUAUGUAGUGACUCUCUGUGGAUAUUGAGUGUGUUACUUCCUCAGUACAAUGUCGGUAGUGACUCAGCCUGCUAUUCUCUCUCUGUAGACUGGUCACUGUGAAGUCUAUAAUGUAGUGUUUUUCUAUGCGUAUCGUAUGUACAGUGGGGAAAAAAAGUAUUUAGUCAGCCACCAAUUGUGCAAGUUCUCCCACUUAAAAAGAUGAGAGAGGCCUGUAAUUUUCAUCAUAGGUACACGUCAACUAUGACAGACAAAUUUAGAAAACAAAAUCCAGAAAAUCACAUUGUAGGAUUUUUUAUGAAUUUAUUUGCAAAUUAUGGUGGAAAAUAAGUAUUUGGUCACCUACAAACAAGCAAGAUUUCUGGCUCUCACAGACCUGUAACUUCUUCUUUAAGAGGCUCCUCUGUCCUCCACUCGUUACCUGUAUUAAUGGCACCUGUUUGAACUUGUUAUCAGUAUAAAAGACACCUGUCCACAACCUCAAACAGUCACACUCCAAACUCCACUAUGGCCAAGACCAAAGAGCUGUCAAAGGACACCAGAAACAAAAUUGUAGACCUGCAACAGGCUGGGAAGACUGAAUCUGCAUUAGGUAAGCAGCUUGGUUUGAAUAAAUCAACUGUGGGAGCAAUUAUUAGGAAAUGGAAGACAUACAAGACCACUGAUAAUCUCCCUCGAUCUGAGGCUCCACGUUAAGAUCUCACCCCGUGGGGUCAAAAUGAUCACAAGAACGGUGAGCAAAAAUCCCAGAACCACGCGGGGGGACCUAGUGAAUGACCUGCAGAGAACUGGGACCAAAGUAACAAAGCCUACCAUCAGUAACACACUACGCCGCAAGAGACUCAAAUCCUGCUGCGCCAGACGUGUCCCCCUGCUUAAGCCAGUACAUGUCCAGGCCCGUCUGAAGUGUGCUAGAGUGCAUUUGGAUGAUCCAGAAGAGGAUUGGGAGAAUGUCAUAUGGUCAGAUGAAACCAAAAUAGAACUUUUUGGUAAAAACUCAACUCGUCGUGUUUGGAGGACAAAGAAUGCUGAGUUGCAUCCAAAGAACACCAUACCUACUGUGAAGCAUGGGGGUGGAAACAUCAUGCUUUGGGGCUGUUUUUCUGCAAAGGGACCAGGACGACUGAUCCGUGUAAAGGAAAGAAUGAAUGGGGCCAUGUAUCGUGAAUUUUUAAGUGAAAACCUCCUUCCAUCAGCAAGGGCAUUGAAGAUGAAACGUGGCUGGGUCUUUCAGCAUGACAAUGAUCCCAAACACACCGCCCGGGCAACGAAGGAGUGGCUUCGUAAGAAGCAUUUCAAGGUCCUGGAGUGGCCUAGCCAGUCUCCAGAUCUCAACCCCAUAGAAAAUCUUUGGAGGGAGUUGAAAGUCCGUGUUGCCCAGCGACAGCCCCAAAACAUCACUGCUCUAGAGGAGAUCUGCAUGGAGGAAUGGGCCAAAAUUGGGCCAGCAACAGUGUGUGAAAACCUUGUGAAGACUUACAGAAAACGUUUGACCUGUGUCAUUGCCAACAAAGGGUAUAUAACAAAGUAUUGAGAAACUUUUGUUAUUGACCAAAUACUUAUUUUCCACCAUAAUUUGCAAAUAAAUUCAUUAAAAAUCCUACAAUGUGAUUUUCUGGAUUAUUUUUUCUCAUUUUGUCUGUCAUAGUUGACAUGCACCUAUGAUGAAAAUUACAGGCCUCUCUCAUCUUUUUAAGUGGGAGAACUUGCACAAUUGGUGGCUGACUAAAUACUUUUUUUCCCCCACUGUAUGUAGUAAUUCCUUAUGUUGUAUUGUCUCCCCAGGCCCGUCAGUCCCUAGAGAAGGCCAAGAUUGUAUUAGAGGAGGAGAGGGUGAGUUUGGCCUCAGAGCUGAAGUCCCUGCAGGGGGGCCGCAUGGAGAGUGAGAGGGGCCGCAAGAGGGCAGAGGGUCAACUCCAGGAGCUGACCGCACGCCUCGCACAGGCCGACAGAGAGAGGGAGGAGAGAGAGAACAGGCUGCACAAACUACAGUCUGAGAUGGAGACCCUCUCUAGUUCUCUCUCCUCCUCCGACUCCAAAUCCCUCCGUCUCAACAAGGAGGUCAGCAGCCUGGAGAGCCAGCUCCACGAUGCUCAGGUACACACACACACACACACACACACACACACACACACACUGCCAACUCGUUCAUCCUCUGUUUUUAACCACUUCCAUGGUGAUAUGCUUUCUCUCAGGAGCUACUCCAGGAUGAGACUCGUCAGAAGCUGUCUCUGGGCUCCAGGGUGAGAGCUCUGGAGGAGGAGAGGAGUGGACUGAUGGAGAGAGUGGAGGAGGAAGAGGAGAGCGCCAAGGAGCUCUCCAGGCAGAUACAGACUCACACUCAGCAGGUAAUCAUCAUUAUGUGGAAAAAAGCAACUUUCCUAUAGAUUAUAAUAUAAAACAUGUUCAGUUGUUUUCUACAGUAAGUCUAUAUUCCUCCUCACCAUGACUCCCUCUCUCCCUCUCUCCUGCUCUCCCUCCAUCCGUCUCUAGCUGGCUGAGUUGCGGAGGCAGUCGGAGGAGGUGAAUGCGACGGUGGAGGCAGGAGAGGAGACGCGCAGGAAACUGCAGAGAGACCUGGACCAGGCCGUCCAGAGAGAACAACAGAAGGAGGAGGAGAAGGAACGAGUGGAUCGGCAGAGGGAGAGGUUGAGGGAGGAGAUAGAGGACAUGACCCUGGCCCUGCAGAGAGAGAGACAGAACUGCACCACCUUGGAGAAGAGGCAGAAGAAGUUUGACCAGGUCAGAAUUCAGGGGUUAGAGGUUAAGGGUAACCAUAAUGACAUAAUGUCCCGUGAUGUAACCCCUGCCCUUUGCCCCCUCAGUGCCUGUCAGAGGAGAAGGCGGUGAGUGCCCGGCUGGCUGAGGAGAGAGACAGGGCCGAGGCAGACAGUAGAGAGAAGGAAACACGCUCCCUGGCACUGGCACGAGCCCUGCAGGUACCACUGGAAUGACUACACAGAUUAUUAUCCAGUUAUCAGCAUUAACAGUUGUUCAUCUAAAUAAAGUGAGUCUUGAUACUUCAUGAUUCCCAUCUACUCUUGCAGGAGGCACAAGAUCAGAGGGACGAGCUGGAGAGAUCUAACAAGCAGCUCCGCAUAGACAUGGAACAACUAGUCAAUCAACAGGAUGACGUGGGGAAGAAUGUACGUGUGUGUGUGUAAAUGUGGGCGGAAAUGUGUGUGUGUAUUACAGAGCGAAAAUGGCCAUGGUUGUGUAUCUCACGACUAGCACACAUUUCUCUCCUCCUGUGUCAGGUGCAUGAGUUGGAGCGUUCCCGGCGAGCCCUGGAGACAGAGGCUGAGUCCCUGCGCACUCAGACCCAGGAGCUGGAGGAGGAGCUGGGGGAGGCGGAGAACUCCAGGCUGAGGCUCGAGGUCACCCUCCAAGCCCUCAGGGCCCAGUUUGAGAGAGAGAUCAGCACCAAGGAGGAGAAAGGAGAGGAGAAGAGGAGGUCUCUCAACAAACAGGUAUGUAGAGAAGAGAGAAGAAGAGGAGUGUAUCAAGCCUGAAUAUGGGGAGACAGUUAUUCAUUUGGAUUAGAUGCUGAACUUCUCUCUUUCUCUGCUGUUUCCUUCCUUUCCAUCCCCCUCUCCCCUCUCCCCUUCGCUUUCUCUCCUUUCCCCCCCAGGUGAGGGAGUUGGAGACCCAGCUAGAGGAGGAGAGGAGUCAACGCUCUCAGGCCAUGUCCGUCAAGAAGCAACUGGAGGCGGAGCUACAGGAGGCUGAGGCCCAGGUGGAGACAGCCAAUCGUGGCAGGGAGGAGGGGCUUAGGCAGCUACGGAGACUGCAGGUAAGCUACACCCCCCUUCUUUCUUUCUAAUGCUGCUUGCUCGGUCAGAGAUUAAAUGCUGUGCAGUUAAAUGAUCUAUAAACCACCUAUAAACCAGCUAUAAUGAGAACUUUAAGAGUCCCAGCACAGAGCCUUGUGGAAAACCAUAUUUAAUUUACCCUCCGUUUCGUGCUCUCUCAGGUUCAGAUGAAGGAAGUGCUUCGUGAGCUGGAUGAGUCCAAGCUGGCCCGUGACGAGGUGGUCGUCCAAUCAAAAGACACAGAGAAGCGCCUGCAGACCCUGGAGGCGGAGCUACUGCAGCUUACAGAGGUGUGUGUGCGUGCUGGUGUGUGUGUGAGAGAUUUGCGAAGACACAACCUCUUGUGUUUUAGGAUGGUAACGCUAUCUCUCUCUCUCUGUCUCUCUCUUUCUGUCUCUUUCUCUCUGUCUGUCUCUCUCUGUCUGACUCUCUCUGUCUGUCUCUCUCUUUCUGUCUCUCUCUUUCUCUCUCUCUGUCUCUCUCUCUCUCUCUCUCUCUCUCUCUCUUCUGUCUCUCUCUCUCCUCUCUCUCUCUCUCUCCUCUCUCUCUCUCAUCUCCUCUCCUCUCUCUCUCUCUCUCUCUCUCUAGGAUUUAUCAGUUUCUGAGAGGAUGAGGAGACAGGCCCAGCAGGAGAGAGAUGAGAUGGCUGAUGAGAUCGUCAACAGCUCCACUGGGAAGUUAGUAUCUCUCUUUCUACUUGCCUUUCUGUGUGUGUGUGCUCACGUGUGUGUAUUCCUGUGUAUUAUGCGUGUGUAUUACUCAUGGUGAGUGUGUGUGUGUGUGUGUGUUGUCAGGUCUGCUCUGUGUGAUGAGAAGCGGAGGUUGGAGGCGCGAGUCACUCAGCUGGAGGAGGAGUUGGAGGAGGAGCAGAGUAACGCUGAACUAGUGGCCGAGAGACACAGGAAGACUACACUUCAGGUACACACACACACACACAGUAUCCUGGACUCGGUUUUCAUUUGUCCGUUUUUCUUACUUUUAAUCUCCCUUUCUAUCCCUCUCUCUCCCCUCUCCCUCCCCAGGUGGAGACUCUGACGGUGCAGCUGCAGGGAGAGAGGACCCUGUGCCAGAAGGCUGAGGGGGCCAGGGAGGCUCUGGAGAGGCAUAACAAGGAGCUGAAGCUGAAGCUGGGGGAGAUGGAGGGAGCGGUCAGGGGAAAACACAGGCUCAGUGUCGCCGCCCUGGAGGCCAAGAUGGAUGGCAUGGAGGAGCAGCUGGAGCAGGAGAGACAGUGAGGGGAACACACACAUUCUCUUAUGGAUUUCCCCUCACACUAUCUCUCACCUUGUUCCUUUCCUCACUCCCCCUCUUCUCUCUUUACUUCCCUCCCUGCCCUUUCCCUCUCCUCUCCUCUCUCUAACAUCUCACUUCUUCCACUACUAAUCUGACUGAAUGUUCUGGGUAUGGGGAUGAAACCUGACUCACAGUCUUUCUCCCCUCCCCCAGGGAGCGAGCAAUAGCCAACAAGCUGGUGAGGAAGACAGAGAAAAAACUGAAGGAGGUGAUGAUGCAGGCGGAGGACGAGAGGAGACAUGCAGACCAGUACAGAGAACAGGUACGAACCAUUACAGACCAGUACAGAGAACAGGUACGAACCAUUACAGACCAGUACAGAGAACAGGUACGAACCAUUACAGACCAGUACAGAGAACAGGUAUGAACCAUUACAGACCAGUACAGAGAACAGGUACGAACCAUUACAGACCAGUAACAGAGAACAGGUACGAACCAUUACAGACCAGUACAGAGAACAGGUACGAACCAUUACAGACCAGUACAGAGAACAGGUACGAACCAUUACAGACCAGUACAGAGAACAGGUACGAACCAUUACAGACCAGUACAGAGAACAGGUACGAACCAUUACAGACCAGUACAGAGAACAGGUACGAACCAUUACAGACCAGUACAGAGAACAGGUACGAACCAUUACAGACCAGUACAGAGAACAGGUACGAACCAUUACAGACCAGUACAGAGAACAGAGUACAGACCAGUACAGAGAACAGGUACGAACCAUUACAGACCAGUACAGAGAACAGAGUACAGACCAGUACAGAGACAGGUACGAACCAUUACAGACCGUACGAAACAAGUACAGACCAGUACAGAGAACAGGUACGAACCAUUACAGACCAGUCAGAAACAGUACGAACCAUUACAGACCAGUACAGAGAACAGAGUACAGACCAGUACAGAGAACAGGUACGAACCAUUACAGACCAGUACAGAGAACAGAGUACAGACCAGUACAGAGAACAGGUACGAACCAUUACAGACCAGUACAGAGAACAGAGUACAGACCAUACAGAAACAGGUACGAACCAUUACAGACCAGUAACAGAGAACAGAGUACGACCAGUACAGACCAGUACAGAGACAGAGUACGACCAGUCAAAAUAAAUACACCUCAGAGAACGAGUACAGACCAGUACAGAGAACAGUACGAACCAUUACAGACCAGUACAGAGAACAGAGUACAGACCAGUACAGAGAACAGUACGAACCAUUACAGACCAGUACAGAGAACAGAGUACGACCAGUACGGAACAGGUACGAACAUUACGACCAUAACAGAAACAGAGUACGACCAGUACAGAGAACAGGUACAACCAUUACAGACCGUACAGAGAACAGAGUACAGACCAUACAGAGAACAGGUACGAACCUUACAGACCAGUACAGAGAACAGAGUACAGACCAGUACAGAAACAGGUAAACAUUCAGACUACACCCAUACAAGAACAGUACAGACCAUACAGAGAUCAACAUUCGCAACGAGACAGUCAGACCAGUCAGAGAACUAGACUUCAACCAUACAGAACAAGUCGACCUACAGAACAGACUUCCCAGUUUAAGAACAUCAACCUACAGAACAGAACAAAGACCAGUACGAGAAGGUUACCGUACAGAAGGGUGUUUUCAUCCCAAAAUGAGUGGUUGGUCCUGCUAAUCCCAAUCCUAAUCUAAUCCAGCCCUGGCACCAGGGGAAGGUAGGGGUUAUCUCCUCCCAAAUGAUACUGAACAAAAUAAUCCCUCAUCCCUCUACAGUGGAGAGGUAGGGGUGAUACUGAACCCCCUCUCAAAAAUCAUCUGGAAUUUAAUCUGUGGGAUGUAAUCCCAGUCCUCCUGUUCUGUGCUUAAUCUGUCUAUCUCUCUCCGUCCGUCCCUCUCUGAUACACAUCCCCCCUUCCUCUAUUGUCUUCUCCUCUUCCUCUUUACCCGUUCUCUUCUUCUCUCCCCCUACACCCUCCCUCCUCUCUCCAGUUGGAUAAAUCUAUGGGCCGGCUGAGGCAGCUGAAGAGGCAGCUCGAGGAGGUGGAGGAGGAUAACUCUCGUUCCAACGCCCAGAGACGUAAACUGCAGAGAGAGAUGGAGGAGCUUACUGACAGCUCCCAGAGCAUGACCCGUGAGAUCACCGCUCUACGCAGCCAGCUCAGGUAA